AUUGGCAAUCCAUCUUCACUGUUGCUGAACUUGCAAAAGCUUCACCAGUGAAACCCUCUUUUGUUGCAUCGCUUUCUCUUUCUUCAACUUCAAUCUCUAUUCGGCUGUAUGCCAUUACCUUACGUCUUUAUAGUGGAAAUGAACUGUACUGUUGGUUGAAUUCACAAAUUUAUAUAUAUUUUCCAUGGAUGGAAAGCGAAGAUGCAUCACAUUCCCAUCUCUCUAAAUCAGUUACUUGUGUCUCCUUCAAAAAAUUCCUUCACUUUCUCUCUCCUGCCCAAUGCUCACAACCCAUUUUUCUUCCAAACCCAGAAAUCUUACAUUGAUGGACACCAAGGUUGUUCCUUUUCUCUCUCUGACUUUCUAUCUCAUCCAUUUAUCAGCUGCUUUCACACCCCGUGACAAUUACCUCAUAGACUGUGGAUCAAAGGCAAACACCACGGUUGAUAACCGAAACUUUAUCGGCGAUUCGACGAAGUUGGGUUCGGUUUAUCUUUCUUCAGGACAAUCGAUCUCUCUCACGAACACAAACCCAUUUUUGAAUUCAUCUAUGCUUUACAGUACAGCUAGAGUCUUCACUAGUGCUUCAAGCUAUACAUUUAGCAUCAGGAAAAUUGGCAUCCAUUUGGUACGGCUUCAUUUCUCUCCAUUCACUUCUCAGAAUUACAAUCUCAAUAAUGCAAAUUUCAGCGUUUCGGCUAAUGGGGUUUCCCUUUUGGGCAAUUUUAGUUUUGAAUUUGCUGUGCUCAGAGAGUUUAUCUUGAAGGUAGAUAAGGUAGAGUUCGAAAUAUUGUUUGCGCCUAUAGGUGAUUCGGGUUUUGCGUUUGUUAAUGCAAUUGAAGUGUUUUCGGCUCCUGAUGAUUUUAUUCUUGAUCACGGGACUAAGUUAAUUGAUCCUAAUGGAGUUGAAGAGUUUAAGAACAUUUCUUCACAGAUUUUAGAAACAGUUCAUAGGAUUAAUGUUGGGGGUUCAAAGUUGACCCCUUUCAAUGAUACCCUUUGGAGGUCUUGGCUUCCUGAUGAGGACUUCCUUGUUUUGAAGUCUGCUGCUAAAAUUGCGAGCACUACACAUGUCCCGAAUUUUCAGGAAGGCGGCGCCACCAGAGAGAUUGCUCCUGAUUAUGUAUAUAUGACUGCACAGCAGAUGAAUAGGGAUAAUGUAACGUCAAUUUUUAUGUUCAAUAUAACGUGGGAGUUUCCAGUGGGAUUGGGAGGUGUUCGACACUUAGUUCGCCUGCAUUUCUGUGACAUAGUUAGUAUUGCACUUAACCAGAUGUACUUCAAUGUGUUUAUCAAUGGGUUUAUUGCUUAUAAAGAUCUUGAUCUCUCUGUCCUAACAUACCAUGUGCUUGCAUCUCCUUACUACAUUGAUUUUGUUGUGGAUUCGGAUAAUUCUGGAGUUCUGAGGAUUAGUGUUGGCCCUUCUGAACUGAGUACUUCUUUGAGAAAGAAUGCUAUUUUGAAUGGAGUAGAGAUCAUGAAGUUGGUAAAUUUUGUGGCUCCACAAACUGUGUCUAAGAAGAAUGACAUUGGGGUUUUGGUUGGUUCAAUUGUUGGAGGUUUUGUUGUUUUAUGUCUGGCAAUAUUUGCAGUUUUUAUUGCAGUAAGAUGCUGGAAGAGAAAAACGAAAUCGAAACCUGCAGAAAGUAUGGGUUGGACACCUCUUCGUGCAUAUGGAGGCAGUUCACUUGCUACACUGUCUGAAGGGACUGCUCUUGCGUCACCAGGCUUGAAUGGAUAUUUUGGCUUAAGAAUUGCUUUUGCUGAUAUUCAAUCGGCGACAAAUAAUUUUGACAAAAGUUUGAUGAUUGGUUCUGGUGGAUUCGGUAUGGUUUACAAAGGGGUCCUUCGAGACAACAUGAGGGUAGCUGUGAAGCGAGGUGUACCAGGUUCCAGGCAAGGGCUGCCUGAAUUCCAGACUGAAAUAAUAAUUCUGUCGAAAAUUCGCCACCUCCAUCUUGUUUCACUUGUUGGCUACUGCGAAGAACAGUCCGAAAUGAUACUUGUUUAUGAAUAUGUGGAGAAAGGGCCACUUAAAAAGCAUUUAUAUGGUUCAGCAUUACUACCUUUAUCUUGGAAGAAGAGGCUUGAAAUAUGUAUUGGCGCAGCAAGAGGCAUUCACUACCUUCAUACGGGUUCAGCACACGGGAUCAUCCAUCGUGACAUUAAAUCAACCAAUAUAUUGCUUGAUGAAAAUUAUGUUGCUAAGGUUGCAGAUUUUGGCCUUUCAAAGUCCGGUCCAUGUCUCAAUGAGACCCAUGUAAGCACUGGUGUAAAAGGAAGCUUUGGGUAUCUUGAUCCAGAAUAUUUUCGGAGGCAGCAGCUUACAGAUAAAUCAGAUGUUUACUCAUUUGGUGUUGUGCUUAUUGAAGUUCUUUGUGCUAGACCUGCUGUAGACCCAUUGCUUUCCAGGGAGCAGGUGAAUUUGGCUGAAUGGGCAAUGGAAUUUCAGAAAAAGGGGCUACUUGAGCAAAUUGUUGAUCCCCAUAUAAUAGGUGAGAUAAAACCAAGCUCUUUGAAAAAAUAUGCGGAGACAGCAGAGAAAUGUUUGGCUGACUAUGGUGUUGAUCGGCCAACAAUGGGUGAUGUGCUGUGGAAUUUGGAAUAUGCACUUCAGCUUCAGGAAACUGGAAGGGAAAGGGAACUUCAUGAAGAUAGUAAUAUCACUGCUUCAGAGCUCGCAACACAGAGAGUUGUUCCUGCAAUUCGCUCUACUAAUAUAGGGAGUGAGGGAGAUAACAUUGAUGGGACUUCAGACAUAACAACAAGCCGAGUUUUUUCCCAAUUGAUCAACAAAGAAGGUAGAUAGCUUUUAGGUGCAAAAUAAUCAGUCCCCUCUAUAUCUCACCAGCAAUUCGUAGCUCACAAGUCCUGGGAGGCACAUCUCUUAGAGGUUGAUGUCACCUGGUUUAUACAUGGCAAAAGCCAGCUUCCUUAGUCUCCUACUGGCCUAUGCUGGCACAAGAGAAAAGGGCUUUGGACGAACUGGACACUGAUGAACUGUGUAAGGAUUUUCCAUGAAUAAUAAAAGGGUUCAAAUCUUUCAUUCUUGGUAAGACUAUCGCAUGCUAUGGCUGCAACAAAUGGCUUGAAUUGCUCACUUGAUACUGCAUUUUCCAGUGAAUUAAUCAAUUCCUUUUUGAGGGCCCCUGUCAUGGUGGACAAUAUGCAGUCGGUAUGGCCACUCAGAAGGAAGGUGGGUAGAAUGGUGGACCCUCCACCAAGGGUCCCUGUAGAAAAAAGAAGACUUCUUCAUCAUAAUUUGAGGGAAAGCUUCUAUUCCUUUCACUCGGUUACGGUGGUUGACUUUUAAAUGUUUGUAAGUUCUCUUGAUUUUUUUUUUU